GAAUUGGUUACCACUCUUCUCUCUUUAUUAAUAGAAUCUGGUUCUUGUUUCCUAAUAUCCUUACUAUAUAUCACUAUAUUAUGCUAUUCAGUCACCAAAGGUUGAGACUUUAACAAUGUCUUCUUCUAGUUAUGCUACAACAAGCAGUACAAUGUUUUAUCUGUUUCUUGCUGUGCUUGUUGUAAAAGUUGGCUUUUGCUUUUCUACCAAGGUUUAUGUAGUGUACAUGGGAAGCAAAACUGGGGAACACCCAGAUGAUAUUCUGAAGGAAAACCAUCAAAUGCUUGCUGAUGUUCACAGUGGAAGCAUUGAACAAGCCCAAGCUUCUCAUGUUUAUAGCUACCAACAUGGUUUCAGAGGCUUUGCCGCCAAGCUCAGUGUUGAACAAGCUGCACAAAUUUCAAAAAUGCCAGGGGUUGUUUCUGUUUUUCCCAAUUCUAAAAGAAAGCUGCAUACAACUCAUUCAUGGGAUUUCAUGGGACUUUUGGAUGACCAAACCAUGGAGACUCUUGGUUACUCCAUCAGAAACCAAGAAAAUAUCAUUAUUGGUUUCAUUGAUACAGGAAUUUGGCCAGAAUCCCCAAGCUUCAGUGACACAGACAUGCCUGCAGUGCCACCUGGCUGGAAGGGCCAAUGUCAAUCAGGGGAAGCAUUUAAUGCCUCAUCUUGCAACAGGAAAGUGAUUGGAGCCAGGUACUAUAUGAGUGGAUACGAAGCUGAGGAAGAGGGGGAUGCAAAAUCCUUCAGAUCUGCAAGGGAUAGCAGUGGUCAUGGGAGCCAUACAGCUUCUAUUGCUGCAGGGAGGUAUGUAGCAAACAUGAAUUAUAAGGGGCUGGGAAGUGGAGGAGCAAGGGGAGGUGCACCCAUGGCCAGGAUUGCUGUGUACAAAACAUGUUGGGAUUCAGGUUGUUAUGAUGUGGACUUGUUAGCUGCCUUUGAUGAUGCAAUAAGAGAUGGGGUGCACAUUUUGUCUCUUUCUUUGGGUACUGAAUCUCCACAAGGAGACUAUUUCAGUGAUGCCAUUUCUGUGGGGUCAUUUCAUGCUGCCAGUCGCGGGGUGCUGGUUGUUGCAUCAGCUGGAAAUGAAGGCACCCCUUCCUCUGCUACAAACCUUGCACCAUGGAUGCUCACUGUUGCUGCCAGCUCAACAGACAGGGAUUUCAUUUCUGAUAUUCUGUUGGGAAAUGGAGCUAAAAUCACGGGUGAAAGUUUGAGUAUCUUUGAAAUGAAUGCCUCCACAAGGAUAAUUUCUGCUUCUGCAGCCAAUGCAGGAUUAUUUACUCCUUAUCAAUCCAGUUACUGUUUGGAGAGUUCUUUGAAUAAAACAAAGACCAAAGGCAAGGUUAUGGUGUGUAGACAUGUAGAGAGUUCAACAGAGUCAAAGGUGCAAAAGAGCAAGGAAGUGAAGGGAGCAGGUGGAGUUGGUAUGAUACUUAUUGACGACACAGAUAAAGAUAUUGCUAUCCCAUUUGUGAUCCCUUCAGCUAUUGUUGGAAAGAAAACAGGAGAACGGAUUCUGUCCUACCUCAAGACUACACGUAAGCCAGUGUCAAGGAUAUUUAGAGCAAAGACAGUUCUAGGGGCUCAACCUGCACCCAGGGUAGCAGCAUUUUCUUCUAAAGGGCCCAAUGCUUUAAACCCAGAAAUUUUGAAGCCUGAUGUCACAGCUCCAGGACUAAAUAUCCUUGCAGCAUGGUCUCCAGCAGCUGGAAACAUGUUCAACAUUCUCUCAGGAACUUCUAUGGCUUGUCCUCAUGUAACUGGAAUUGCGACCAUAGUCAAAGCUGUCCAUCCUUCUUGGUCUCCAUCUGCAAUUAAAUCUGCCAUCAUGACAACAGCUACAAUUCUAGACAAGCACCACAGACCCAUCAGUGCAGAUCCUGAACAAAGAAGGGCAAAUGCAUUUGAUUAUGGAUCAGGGUUUGUCAACCCUGCAAGAGUGCUUGACCCUGGUCUCAUCUAUGAUUCUGAGCCAGCUGAUUUUGUUGCAUUCCUCUGUUCACUUGGUUAUGAUCAGCGAUCGCUUCAUCUAGUUACAAGAGACAACAGCACGUGUGAUAGGGCAUUCAGUACCGCAUCUGACCUCAACUAUCCAUCUAUUGCAGUGCCAAAUCUUAAAGACAACUUUUCAGUUACCAGGAUUGUGACUAAUGUUGGAAAAGCAAGAAGUGUGUAUAAAGCUGUAGUGUCUUCUCCCCCUGGCAUUAAUGUCACUGUUGUGCCAAACAAGUUGAUCUUCACAAGAAUUGGACAAAAACUAAUGUUCACUGUGAAUUUCAAAGUGACUGCUCCCUCAAAAGGAUAUGUAUUUGGGUUCUUGUCAUGGAGGACUAGAAGAUCACAAGUCACAAGUCCUUUGGUUGUCCAGGUUGCUCAUGGAAAGAAUGGGUUGGUCAGAUAGCAAUGCCUGUAAAUAUCCAUAUUAGCUUAAGAGCUUGAGGGUCUUAUAGUUACUAGAACAACCAUUCAUACUGAAAUCCUGAUGCAAACUAGAUUAUCAAUGCCAAAACUAUGCUAGUUAUGUCUUGGAGCAGCAAUAGUUAUUAAAAGUAGUAUCCAAAGAGAGAUGAUAUAUUUAAGCUCUUAUAUUACUGAAAUUCAUUAUUAUUUGUCAGUCGUUU